AUGGAGAACGAGAAGGGAGAGAUCGUUGAUCUCUACGUCCCCCGCAAGUGCAGCGCCACCAACCGCAUCAUCAAGGCCAACGACCACGCCUCCGUCCAGAUCUCCAUCGCCAAGGUUGACGAGAACGGUCGCUACACCGGCGAGAACCAGAGCUACGCCCUCUGCGGUUUCAUCCGUGCCCGUGGUGAGAGCGAUGACUCGCUGAACCGCCUCUGCCAGCGUGACGGCUACAUCCGCAACGUCUGGUCCGCCAGCCGUCAGCGGUAA